GGCGCGCGCGCGCUCGGCUCAGCACGCCGCGUGUGAUUUUUCCAGCUUCAGUCAUGUUGGCAGAAGCGGCAGCAGCACGAUGCGCGGCGGAGGCAACAAGCAGCUCGGAGCUGUGAGACCGACCGGACCCUCCGCCUCAGAUGCCGACCGAGAAGAGGAGUCCCUGAAAGCAGCACUUCCCAGGACGCGAGGAGAGGAAAAUGGGCUUCCUGCUGCUGCUUCAUCCCUCGCGGUUCCUGCACAUUGCUACAGUCUAUAGUGGACCUGGAUGCCGUGUGGGCGAUGCUGCCACAAGGGAUGUACUGUGAUUUCGCGGGGAUGCGUUUUAGCAGCCGUUGCAUAAAUUAAAAUGCACACAAAUUAAACAUAUUCAAGAAAAAUCCAUCAGAUGAAGGAACGGAGUUAAAAGAAAGGAUCUAUUAAGACACCUGUUACUAGAAAACCAGGCGGCCAAGACAAGUGACAGCGCUGCACUCCCACCACCCAAACUGAUAGCCAUGAUCCGGAGAGGCCCCCUGCUACGGCUCAGAUCAGAGAUCAGCUCGCUGCUCGAUGGCUAGACCUCUACACUCAAAGAGCUGGGGGCCUUUCUGCUGAGAAUCCCACACUGCAUAGUAGCACAUGGAUUUCAAGACUUCAAAUGAAGAGACAAAGACUGGGAUUUAUUUGAUGCAAGAAGGUAAUGAGGAGCCGUUUAAUAUUCGACUGCACUUGGCCAAAGAUAUUCUGACCAUUCAAGAACAAGACGUCAUCUGUGUGUCGGGGGAACCUUUUUAUUCAAGCGAGAGGACCGUAACCAUCAGGAGGCAGACGAUUGGAGGGUUUGGCUUAAGCAUCAAGGGCGGAGCAGAGCAUAAAAUCCCUGUUGUGAUUUCAAAAAUAUCAAAGGAACAAAAAGCUGAACUCUCUGGGCUGCUUUUCAUCGGAGACGGUAUCCUUCAGAUUAAUGGGAUAAAUGUCAGAAGCUAUCGCCAUGAGGAAGUGGUGCAGGUGUUGAGAAACGCUGGCGAAGAAGUGACUCUGACGGUGUCUUUCCUGAAGAAGACUCCGGCCUUCCUUAAGCUGCCGCUGUGCGAGGACUGCAUUUGCAUCCCCAGUGAUCAGAGCAGCGGGACUUCAUCUCCUCUCUGCGACAGCGGCCUGCAUCUAAACUACCACCCUAACAACACGGACACGCUGUCCUGCUCGUCCUGGCCCACGUCUCCGGGGCUUCGAUGGGAGAAGAGAUGGGUGGACCUGCGUCUCAUUCCUCUGCUACACUCUCGCCUGUCACAGCACAUUCCCGGCUCUGACGUCUGCAGGAAAAAUGCUUUCCAGGUCAUAGCCGUGGACGGAGUUUGCAGCGGAGUCAUACAGUUUCCCUCAGUGGAAGACUGCUUGGAGUGGCUCCAGGCAAUAGCCAGCAACAUUUCCAGUCUCACCAAGCACAACGUGAAGAAGAUUAACAGGAACUUCCCCGUUAACCAGCAGAUUAUGUACAUGGGCUGGGUGGACGAGAAGGAGCAGGACUCUGUCCAGGACCGGAUGUACUCACCAAAGUUCCUCGCUCUGAGAGGUUCCUCGCUCUUCAAGUUCACAGCACCUCCUGUGACAACAUGGGACUGGACCAGAGCGGAGAAAAGCUUUACUGUGUAUGAAAUAAUGUGCAAGAUUUUAAAGGACAGCGAUCUUCUGGACAAAAGGCGGCACUGCUUCAGCGUUCAGACCGAGACCGGGGAGGACAUGUUCUUCAGCGUGGAGCUGGAGUGCGAGCUGCUGAUUUGGGAAAAGGCUUUUCAGAUGGCCACAUUUCUGGAGGUGGAGAGGAUCCAGUGCAAAACGUAUGCCUGCAUCAUGGAGAGCCACCUAAUGGGACUCACAGUUGACUUCAGCAUGGGGUUUGUGUGCUUUGAUGCUGCUUCAAAGGUGGUCCUGUGGAGAUACAAGUUCUCACAGCUAAAAGGAUCGUCUGAUGAUGGGAAAAGCAAGAUCAAAUUUUUAUUCCAAAAUCAAGAAUCUAAAUCAAUCGAAGCAAAAGAGUUGGAGUUCUCGAACCUGUUCGCCGUGCUCCACUGUAUCCACGCUUUUUUUGCUGCCAAAGUUGCUUGUCUGGACCCGGUGUUUGUGGAGAGCCAAGGCACCGCAACAAACUCUAGGAUUCCUUCUCUCUCCAACGUCUCCUGCAACUCACAGACUCCAAAACUCAAAUACAACACUUGACGGGUGCUGCUUUCUCCGGACCUCUUUUAAAAGGUAAAGGAAGGCCAUACAGUUAUUUAUCCUCACAUACCACGUUGGACAGGUGGAGAUGGAUCAGGACCAGACUAUUACUGUAUGAUGGACACACACAUGUGGAAUAACAGACCUCUCAGCAGAUUCCAGGAAUACCUUUUGGACCUGAUAUUGAACUUUUACUUUGAAAAACUUCACACAGAGACUUGGACACAAAUUGUGAUGGUUCUUUUUUUCUCUUGGGCCUCAGACAUCCCACGUGAUCAAGAUUUUAAACAGAGAAAUGCAGGUAUUUUCCCAUAGUAGUUUGUGUUUUUAUGUAAUUCUGUAAAUCUGGAGCUAGUUGCAUAAAACUAUGGAUUUAUAACCAAAACAGAAUGUGCACUAUGUUGUUUGAUGGGUCUUCUUUUAUGAAUCUAAACGCAGGCUCGUUUGAAAUGGUUGUGGAGUAUAUUAUUGAAAAAAUGUAAUAAAAACACACCAGUCGAGUAAAAUAGUUUAAUUUCAUGCUAAAUUUUGUUGCCUUUUUCUGGUUUUUCCUUUCAUAUUUGCACAUUAUUCCAGUAUAAAUCCAAGCUUGUGUGACAGAAAAAGGUAUUAACAUGCUUUUUUGUGUGCAGAAGCUGUUUAUGCAUCUGGCUCCUGAAGUCAAAGCAGAACAGAUCGUUAUCUUGAAUUUGCCAUCACUUAAACCAUGCAGAGUCAAGAUUCUGGGUGUGAUUAUGUGAUAUCGUUGCACCGCCUUUGCUUACUUUUUCCCUGUAAUUGAGGUAAAGAACAUAUUAAAAUAAUUUAAUUUAGUCUGGAUUGAAUUGCAGAAGUGUCUGCUUGCAGCAUCGGUGAGUCAAACAGUUUUUUUUUAGCAUUUUACCGGGUAACAUGGGAUCACUGAAUGUGCAGAUUGUAUAAAAGUGUACCUUUCUUUAAAAUAUCUGGUUUAUUGAUAAAUCCGACAAAUAACACUGAAACGUGAUCAUAAACAACAUUCAUGAUGUACAUAAACUCUAAAAUUCAAAUGAACUAAAAUAAUAACAAAUUACUUGUUGGGAUUAAGGCUCUUGUUAAUCUGAUGUGCACUUUAGGUAGAUUCCCUCAUCUUCUUUAAUUCCAUGAAGCAGUCCAGAAGAAUAAAAUCAGCCAUGGUGUGCUUUUUCCAGACUGUUUUAUCUCCGCUUGACUUCACCUUGUAAAUAUAACUUAAGAGAUUAUAAAGAGGAAAACAGAAAUAUCUAGCAUCCUGGCCUCCAAAGGUUUUAAGUUACCCCCUUUAAACUCCACUCGGCUUUAAAACUGCUUAUAAAUGCUGCAGAGGCAGCUAAAAUAUCAUAUUUACAAAGAGUUCAGGUCAAUUAGUGUGAUUAGUCAUGCUCUUACCUCCCAUUAACAAACAGAAAAGCCCCCCCGGGUAAGUAAACUCCAGAGGAUAGCAAAUUAAACGGCUCGGUAAAGUGUAUUUGUACUGUGCAGCGAGUGUCUGAUGGAAACUGAUGGUGGUGCUGUCUAUGCAAAGAAAGUCUGUGUGAUGCUUUAAAACAACGAUCAAAUGACUGCAUAUAACACAAGGUCUAGAAGAUGAGGUGUAUUUUAUUUUUCACAGAUGUUUUAUUAACAAAUAUGCAGUGUAAUAAAUCAAUAAAGAAGACCUUUUAUAUCA